AUGAGGGGACUUCGUGAGAAGAUGAAAGAUACUCACCUCUACGAUGUGAAGGUCAAGGCGAUUCACAUGAGGAACACCCUAGGCAAAUUUGGCAAUCUUGUCAAUCCCAAUCAUCGACACGACGAAGAGCACGAGCAGAUCACGGAUCGGAAACGCACAGCUAUCGGAGAGAGCCAUCGUUUCGAAUCCUUUGCACCCGAGCGAACAGGCAACAAUAUUAAGUGGUACGUCGAUGGUCGCGAUUAUUUUUGGGCUGUUUCAGUGGCUAUGGAAAGGGCAAAAGAAACAAUCUACAUUGCCGAUUGGUGGCUAUCUCCAGAACUUUUCCUGCGAAGGCCGCCCUACUUCAACCAAGAGUGGCGAGUCGAUCAAGUGAUCAAACGAGCUGCGGAACGAGGUGUUAAGGUUUACGUGAUGGUGUAUAAAGAGGUAGCCCAGGCCUUGACAUGCAAUUCGGCUCAUACCAAGUAUGCACUUCGCGGAUUAUGUCCUGAAGGACAACCAGGUCAUGGGAAUAUUCAGGUCAUACGCCAUCCAGAUCAUAAUGUGUUUGAGAAUGCGGGAGACAUGACUUUCUAUUGGGCACACCACGAGAAGUUCAUUGUGAUCGAUUACGAGUUGGCUUUCAUUGGAGGACUCGACAUGUGCUACGGAAGAUGGGAUGUUCGACAACAUCUGCUUGCCGAUGUGCAUCCAAGCGGUGUACAGAACGAAGUAUUUCCUGGCCAAGACUUCAACAACAACAGAAUCAUGGACUUUCACACUGUCGACGAUUGGGCGAACAACGAGCUGAACAAAACUGAAUAUGGGAGGAUGCCAUGGCAUGACGUGGCUAUGGGAGUCAUCGGCGACUGUGUGUAUGAUAUUGCUGAGCACUUUGUCCUACGUUGGAAUUUCAUCAAGCGCGACAAGUACAAACGCGAUGCAAAAGCCGACUGGCUAGUGCUUGAAGGACGAGCCGGAGAGGAUGAAGAUCUCAUAGGCGUCCAGAGACCAAAGCAUCCUGUUGGAGAUUAUGUUCAACAUCCUCUGACCCCGCUUAGCUCCAAGCCUAUGGGCCAACAAGGCACAGUGCGUGCACAGCUUGUUCGCAGCAGCGAUGACUGGAGCAGCGGUAUCCUUCUUGAGCAUAGUAUACAAAACGCUUACUGUGAAGUCAUUGAAAACGCCGAACAUUAUGUCUACAUAGAGAACCAGUUUUUUAUCACUGCGACAGGAGACCAGCAAGCACCCGUUCACAACACUAUCGGUCGAGCCAUGGUUAACGCAGUGGUCCGAGCUGCAAAGGAAGGUCGUAAGUUUCGGAUCAUUAUUCUCAUCCCGGGUAUUCCUGGGUUUGCAGGAGAUCUUCGAGAUGACGCUGCCAUUGGGACCCGAGCUAUUAUGGAUUACCAGUAUAAGUCAAUCAACCGAGGAGAACAUUCAAUUAUGGGACAAAUUGCCAAAGCAGGAUUUGAUCCGCACCAGUACAUCUUCGUCUUUAAUCUGCGAGCCUACGACCGUAUCAACAAAACGCCAGGUUUAAUUGAACAAGAAAAGCGUUCCGGCGUGAAGUACCAGGACCUGCAGCGUGCCGAAGCGGAAGAGAUCAUGGGCUCUGGAAUUCAUGGUGACCCCGCGGAGAAAGAGGACCGCGGUGCAAAGCACCCUGGUGUUGAAGCAAACGAAGACGAACGACAAAAGAUCAUUGACCGCAAACGGCGGUUCGAGGCCGCGAGGAAGCAGAUGGAUGAAGAAGAUCCGAUGCAUUCUACGGAUUCGAUCGCUGAAGAUGCCAUGGCUAGGGGAGGCCUGGUUUCGGAAGAACCAUGGGAGGGGGAACCUCAGGACGAAGUGGACAAUUUUGUGCAAGAAGAGCUCUAUAUUCACGCGAAGUUGCUAAUUGCGGACGACAAGAUAGUGAUCUGUGGAUCCUCAAACAUCAAUGACCGCUCUCAGCUCGGGAGUCACGAUUCCGAAUUGUCUAUUGUGAUGGAGGAUGCACACGUACUAGAAAGCACCAUGGAUGGAAAGCCCUUUCAAGCAGGUCACCAUGCUGCGACCUUACGAAGACACCUUUGGCGAGAGCACUUGGGUCUCAUCGAAGCACAACCACUGAAUGCCACCAAAGACCCAAACGCGCAACCACCCACCGACUGCCCUAACGAUGUGGGAUCAGGGGAAGAAUUUGAGUUCGUUGCGGACCCGCUGGGCGAUGAAGUAUGGGACCUCUGGACAACGCAGGCCACAACCAACACCGAGAUCUAUCGCCAGCUGUUCCGUGCAGAUCCAGAUGAUCACAUCACGAGCUUCGAAGAUUACGAUGGCUUUGCACCAAAGAAGUCCAUCAAGCAAGGUCAUUUGCAUGACAAGUUCAUCCCCGUGGAGGAAGUGAGGAAGAAGCUGGACCAGGUUCGAGGACAUUUAGUGUGGAUGCCGUUGGACUUCCUCAAAGAUGCGGAGAUGGCGGAAAAGGGUCUGCAAGUUAAUCAGUACACAGAGAGUAUCUACACAUAG